ACAAAUGCAUCGUCGGUAUCUAGAGGAAUUAAGCUACUAUGAAGAACGAAUUGAAGAACUCAAAAACCUGUUACAAGAAGGUGGCUCAGGAGUCACAGGAACUGAUCACUCUAAAAUCUAUGAGAUGCGAAAGACUAUUCAAGUUCUACAAGCUGAAAAAAUGGAAUCUACAAAACAAAUUCAAGAACUUGAGGAUAAAAUAAAAGACAUAAAUGAAAAAUUAUCUUCUGCAGAAAAUGACAGAGAUGUUUUAAGGAGAGAACAAGAACAACUAAACGUGGAAAAGAGACAAAUAAUUGAAGAAUGUGAAAUCUUGAAACUGGAUUGCA